CCGCCCACAGCCUGGGACGUCGGCGGCGCGCGACGUGCUUCGCCGGAUAAAUGCCGUGGCGCCGGGUGUAGGAAAGCUACUGUCCUGAGCGGCUGGGCGUUCGGACGUUCGAGUCAGUCGGCUCCCCAGCCUGAGACCGCCCCCUGCUCUUCGCAGUGCCAUGGCGGACGAGGGAAAGUCGUACAACGAGCAUGAUGACCGUGUUAGUUUCCCUCAAAGAAGAAAGAAAGGCCGGGGUCCUUUCCGGUGGAAGUAUGGUGAGGGGAACCGUCGGUCAGGACGAGGCGGUUCUGGUAUUCAGUCUUCCCGGCUUGAGGAAGAUGAUGGAGAUGUGGCAAUGAGUGAUGCCCAGGAUGGUCCCCGUGUACGCUACAACCCUUAUGCCACCCGACCUAAUCGUCGGGGUGAUACUUGGCAUGAUCGAGAUCGCAUUCACAUUACUGUGCGGAGAGACAGAGCUCCUCCAGAGAGAGGAGGGGCUGGCACCAGCCAGGAUGGGUCCUCAAAGAAAUGGUUCAAGAUUACAAUUCCUUAUGGCAGAAAGUAUGACAAAGCUUGGCUUCUGAAUAUGAUUCAGAGCAAGUGCAGUGUCCCUUUCACCCCCAUUGAGUUUCACUAUGAGAACACACGGGCCCAGUUUUUUGUGGAGGAUGCCAGUACUGCCUCUGCAUUAAAGGCUGUCAACUAUAAGAUUGUGGAUCGGGAUAACCGAAGGGUAUCUAUCAUCAUCAACUCCUCUGCUCCACCCUUUACUGUACAAAAUGAAUUGAAACCAGAACAAGUAGAGCAACUAAAGCUUAUUAUGAGCAAACGAUAUGAUGGUUCCCAACAAGCACUUGAUCUCAAGGGCCUCCGUUCAGACCCAGAUUUGGUGGCCCAGAACAUUGAUGUUGUCCUGAAUCGUCGGGGCUGUAUGGUAGCUGCCCUUCGAAUCAUUGAAGAAAAUAUCCCUGAGCUUUUAUCUUUGAACUUGAGCAGCAACAGGCUCUACAGGCUGGAUGAUAUGUCCAGCAUUGUGCAGAAGGCGUCCAACCUGAAGAUCUUAAACCUUUCUGGAAAUGAAUUGAAGUCUGAGCGGGAGUUGGACAAUAUAAAAGGGCUGAAACUGGAAGAACUGUGGCUUGAUGGAAAUCCCCUGUGUGACACCUUCCGAGACCAGUCCACCUACAUCAGCGCCAUUCGCGAACGAUUUCCCAAGUUACUACGCCUGGAUGGCCAUGAGUUACCCCCACCAAUUGCCUUUGAUGUCGAAGCCCCCACGAUGUUGCCACCCUGCAAGGGAAGCUAUUUCGGAACAGAGAACCUGAAGAGCCUGGUUCUGCAUUUCCUGCAGCAGUACUAUGCAAUUUAUGACUCUGGAGACCGGCAGGGGCUUUUGGAUGCCUACCAUGAUGGGGCCUGCUGUUCGCUAAGCAUUCCAUUCACCCCCCAGAACCCUGCCCGAAGCACCUUGGCCGAAUACUUCAAGGACAGCAGAAAUGUGAAGAAGCUUAAAGACCCAACCCUGCGGUUCCGGCUGCUAAAGCACACACGUCUCAACGUUGUUGCCUUCCUCAAUGAGUUGCCCAAAACUCAGCACGAUGUCAAUUCCUUUGUGGUAGACAUAAGCGCCCAGACGAGCACAUUGCUGUGUUUUUCUGUCAACGGGGUCUUCAAGGAAGUGGAUGGAAAGUCUCGAGAUUCUUUGAGAGCCUUUACGAGGACAUUCAUCGCUGUUCCUGCCAGCAAUUCAGGGUUAUGUAUUGUAAAUGACGAGCUAUUUGUGCGGAAUGCCAGCCCUGAAGAGAUCCAAAGAGCCUUUGCCAUGCCUGCACCCACACCUUCUUCCAGUCCUGUGCCCACCCUCUCCCCAGAGCAGCAAGAAAUGUUACAGGCAUUCUCUACCCAGUCUGGCAUGAACCUCGAGUGGUCCCAGAAGUGCCUUCAGGACAACAACUGGGACUAUACCAGAUCUGCCCAAGCCUUCACUCAUCUCAAGGCCAAGGGUGAGAUCCCAGAAGUGGCAUUCAUGAAGUGAUCCGUAGUUGUGCCCCGGAGUGCGUGUGUAAAUAGCCCUUGGAUAUUGCGUGGUUGUCAUCUGUCGUCUUCUGUCCGGCCGGAGGCCACCCUGUGACUGUGACCGAGGAGGGAGGUCUGUGGAUCCGCUCCUCACCUGCCUUCUGGAAGACUUCCCGAAGACUUCCAGAAGAUCGAGCCUCACUGGUGCCAGGAAGCCAAAGCUCUCUUUGUAGAACUGACACUAAAUGCCGAAGGACUUAGGUGCUUUGUGUACUUAGCCCCAGGAUUCCCCCUACUUUUUAAGAUAAAGAGUGAUAUUGUAUUUUG